CGUAAACUCUGACUCACUCAAGGUCGUGGGCUUUGACUGGUUGUCAUGUUAGACGAUUGCAUUAGAAAAUAAAAUAAUAAAUAGAUAACCUCCAUUCUGUUAUGAUGACUCACAUAUUUGCUAAAGGAUAACAUGAAUUCGAGUUAUUUAUUUAAAUUACCGUUUACAUGUCCAUCACAGUUCCCUAUCUUCACACGUUCAAUUAUCAGCGUGGUGUUUUUUGGGAGCGAUCAUUAUUCAUUACCUCAUUUACACGCCUUGGAAGAGCGUCAAUCUCAGCAUAAAGAUAUUCGAUUAUUGUUUGUGGUUACUACCUCGGAUAAAACUCCUGUUAGAUAUCAUUGUAUUCAAAAUAAAAUAGAUCACGUGAUUUGGCCACGCACGCUUACGAAUAAUUCAAUAAUCAUCAACGCUGUUAGUCAACGAAUAGAUAAAUUGAAAAGUAUUAAUUCCUUGGAUAAGCCAGAGAAAUUGUUAGGCGUAAUUGUUUCAUUUGGCCGGUUUCUACCCUCAUCACUAUUGUCUUUAUUCAAUUAUGGAUGCUUUAAUAUACAUCCAUCAUUAUUACCAAGAUGGAAAGGUUCUAACCCAUUAUUAUAUACUUUAUUAGCUGAUGAUAAAGUUACUGGGAUUACCUUAUUCCGAUUGAAUCCGAUGCAUACAACUUUCGACUCUGGAUCUGUUUUGUAUCAAAAGUCCAUUCGCCUACCUCGUAAUAAGAAUACAAUGUUAACACCGAAUCAAUUAGCUACAUAUUUAAUGCCACACAGCAUUAAUGCUAUGUUUGAGGUAAGAUCUAGUUGGAUUCGGUUUCAUACUUUACAAUCGAACACUUUAACUAAUUGUCUUUAUAUUUAUGCUGUUAUAUUCCAGUCGAGAUUAUGAAUUGUUAGACGUCACUCUGAUUACCUAUGUUCCACAUUUCCAACAGGAUAGAUUUUCGUCUAACCAGUGUCAUGAAAUCGUAUAACAUAUUUUGAGUCGUACUAACCUUUAUGACUUAUUCAAUGUUUUCAAACAACAAACUGAAUGGUUUAAUUUUGUACUUUUAUGUCGUCUGACUUUAGCUGUUCAAGCAUUGAAAACUAUAGAGCAUUGGAUAUCUGUUUCAUUCUGUUAUGGGACUCAGCAGCGUGUAUCCACUGUCCCACGGAUGAUUGAACCGAAGACCUACUGGUCCCAUAGCGAGCACUUAACCGACAUGAUUACAGUCAAGUUUUCAGCUAAGUCUGUACUGUAGUGCAUUUAAAGUCAAAGAAUACUCAGGCUUAACGACAAGAUAGUCCUAAAGAUUGUGGACAAUACGUCACUCAGUAAAGUUUUUUUUCAAAAGUUCAUCAGUAGAACAGAAAGCACUUACAUAAGUGUACCUUCUUAUUGAUGGUCAAUUAGUAACAACUUUCGGAGCAACCGGAAAUAGUGUGACUUACUGAAAUGGUAGAGGUUGUAGCUCAGAAGACGAGUUUUAGAACCAUCAUGUUCUAUAUGCUAGAUAGUUUGGUUGUCUACCUUCCUCUCUUUCCGAGCAUAAACAUUAUAUCUUUACAAUUGAUUGAUCACUGGGUGGUGAACUGAUGCUCUAUUACGGACCUGACACACAUGACAUUGAUCACCAUCCAGUGAUCAAUCAAUUGUAAAUAUAUCAGUCCUACAGGAGAUCAGUCGCGGUGCGGUCAGCUCAGUAGUAACAUCUCUAGCUGUGAAACUGGUUGACAUGGGAUCGAAUCCGCCAGGGGGCAUCAGUUCCUUCAAGACUAUAGGUACACAUUGCUAACGAGUGCCAGGUAGCAUGAGACCUAUGUCCAGGGUUUCUUGUUGACUACAUCCAACCACCACAUUAGAACUUCCUUAUCAAAGAAUAUAGGAUCGCCAAAAGUUAAGCUUAUAUUCGAAAGCUUAGUCGAAGAAGAGAUAUGUACUCCAAAUAAAUAAGUAAGAAUUAAAUCAAGAGGUUUGCUAUUAAUUAGCAAAAAAGCACACAGCUGUUUCCAGCAGUAAUAUCAACAAUUAACGAAAAUAAAUUAAGCAUUCUAGAGAUUAAACAAGCCUUUCAAAAUAAACAAGAUUUCAGUGACACAUAUGAGAGAGGUUAAAAGAAGGAAGGGGGUUAUAAAAUGCUACUAUCAAUAGAAAUUUAAAUUAAGACAUUGAAAUAAAGUCAUAAAUGAAUGAGAAAAGUGGCUCACUGCGACAAUCCAACUACAGAUUUAUUACACACAAGUCGUGAAAAUUAUAUAAAAUACUCAAACUAUUGGUUAUUUUUAAGUAGUGUACCGUAACAACAUACAAAAAAUAAGCAAUGGAUGAAGUCAAUGUAAAACACUUGUCACAUCAUAUGUCAUCUAUCCUAGUAUCAUCAUUACGAUAUUUAUAUUAUUGGUUUUAUAGGUCAUUUUAUAUCCUAACUUACCAUAUUUAGUUGGUGUUGAUCAAUCGGUGAUUUCAGCGAAAUUUCAACUUCCAAUAACGUAUACUCGUAAACCUCAACCCCACAUGGGUUUGAUAAAUUGGCAGGAACAAUCAGCUGAAGAUAUAAUUCGAUAUUGGCAUGCAUUUCAAGGCACUUGUGUAAAUUUAUUUACGGAGCUUUGUUUAUUAAACACUGUACAAGAAGAGAAAGAGAAUAAUUCUUUAAUUGCAAAUUUUCGUCUAUCCGAAUGUCCAUUGUUGGUACCACAUGUUGAUCAUGUUUCUAACAAUAACAAUGGACAGAAUAAUGCUGAAGCUGCCGAUAUAUACUGUCCAAAUUAUGAGUCCAAAGUUUGUGGUAUUAUAAUAUUUAUUUUUAAAUUCAUUUCAACUGCGGACUGACGUUAGUUGGAGAAGACUGUUGAAAACUAUUAAACAUUAGACAGUUGUUUCCUUCUAGCUUGAAACUACUCAACAGUGCGCCCUCACUACCUCACCAGUCAAAUUGAACCUAGCACCCCCAAAUCUUGCAACAGAGUGAAUGGCUAAUAUGCUUGACUUUCAACCAUUAAGUCUCAGAUUCGAAGCCCCUAAAACCUACUUCGUUUCGGUUAUUCAGUUAGAACAAACCUGUAAAUAAGAACUUUCGUCUAAAUUUGAACGAAUAGUUUCACAAUAUUUGGGCGCCGAGUUAAUUUAGUAAAUAAUUAAGGUAUAUAAAUUCAACAAAUUAAAAUUAGGUCACGAUAUUUACACGUAAAUCUAUAAACAUCACGAUACAGUAUAUCCAAUAAACCAUAUUUCCAAAUUCAAUCAAUUUCCAAGUUAUUAUGAUUAUUCUUAGGUGAUGGAUAGUCUUGAUGGUGUAACGGAGGAAUAAAAUUAGUUUCUGUUUACCAAGUUGUACUACUAUUAUACGAUAAUAUGACUGAGAAUUGGUAUUAUAUUACCGCUAGACUGGAUACGCGAUCGAUUGAUAUGAUAUACACAAACUGGAACACAUUAUACCAGACAAAAUAUUCACGACCAAAUCUUUAGAAUCAGAGGAUAGGCUAGACAAUACUUUAUUCAGCACAAUUACCAGCAGUUUACACUCAGUGAAUCUAGAGUAUAAAUCAAUAAUAAAUAGAAAAUUCGAUAUUAAAUAGUUAGUAAGUUUUGUCUGUCUGUUCGUGCUCGGUAGCCAAUUAAAUCUUACUUCCAAUAGUCACACAUUAAUUGACAUGAAAAUACGUAGAUUUGACAUACUACUUAAAAAUUUCUAUGAGACUGAUGUAAAUUGUUAAUUAAAAAAACACAAUACACUAACUGUUAUUUGAUUUGUAUACCAGUAGUUUAGUCGAUAAGUCAUUUAAUUUCCAACCAGUUAGUCAAAGUCAAGUCUAUAGGCCAAUGUACACAAACUUUUACUUGAACUCUGAACUACUAAUAAAGUUUCCCUUAAGGUUAUAACUGGAAAUAUUACUCAAACAAUUGUCAAUCUAUCCUCUUUUAAAUCAUUUUACGUGAAUAUAUAAUUUUUGUUAUUUCAUUGUUCAUGGAUGAUUUUGAUACUCAAUAAUUAAUAUGUACCAUAUAAUUUAAGACGUUAAAGAGAAAGAAUGUAUUUGUAAAAUCUCAGUGAAUGAAUUUGAAGUCAAUCCAACGUUUCACCUAGCAAUCUGGUCCAAACUUUUUCAAGAAAAUAUAACCAAACAUCAAAAUUAUCGAAUAUAAAUAGGUACAUGGUUCUCCGGUUCACUGUAUACUGAAUAGGUCAUUCAAUCAAUGUCUCUUACACAAUAAUGAAAUACCUACUUUAAACAUUGUUAACGUUGAUUGGAUGACCUAUUCAGUAUAUAGUGAACCGAAGAACCAUGUACCUAUUUAUAUUCGAUAAUUUUGAUGUUUGGUUAUAUUUUCUUGAAAAAGUUUGGACCAGAUUGCUAGGUGAAACGUUGGAUUGACUUCAAAUUCAUUCGUUGAAAUGUUACAAAUACAUUGUUUCUCUUUAAUGUCUCACAUCAACCCGAGACCCAAAUACUGUGAAACUAUUCGGUCACAUUUAGACGAAAGUUCUUAUUUAACACAAGUAAUUUCAAGGUAUUUGAGCAUUACUAACUAAUGGAAAUUUACAGAAAAUUUGGUUGAAUAAGCUUAGUUAAAUAGAAUUUCUUGAUCUACGGAGAAUAUUGUUUUCUUUAUAGUAUUAUGAAAUUGCAUAUGUAAUGUACUAAUAAUUAAACAAUUAUUACUUAAUUAGAUGAUUUACUAUGAGUUGGCAUCAACUAUAUAAUAUUAUUGAAAAUCAAGAAGUUGUGGAUAAUGGUUUCGUCUUUAUUUGCAACACUCCAACAGUGCCGACGCACGACUCGUAAAAGAAUCAAACUUUUAAGUUUCAUGACAACAACAAUUUGUGUUAUUUUAUAAUUUACAUCACGGUCUGACUAUGGAUAGAUAACCUCUGGGAACCAGAAAUCAGUGGACAGUUAUUUUGUCCUAGGACUAGAACUUAUCAAUAGUGUCUAUCCAUGAUCACCCCAAUUAUCGAAUCUAAGACCUUCAGACCACUGAUUUAAUAUCCGGUCCACUUCUAGCUUCAGUUAACUCUCAACAUUGCGCGAAUAACAAAGUCCUAUCACAUUGAUGGCUAGUAAAUAGUGUUACUUCUGACAUGGUUGAACUCUACUGGUCACAGUUGGUAAUAUAAAGGAUAUCUAAUUUAAAUAGGCUUUUUUAUUAUUACUUAUGUUAUUUUUCAUAGGUUAUGGACUAUCUCAACGAGGCUUCAAUUCUUCUGCAUCAACCACACACAUCAUCAUUACCACCUGGAAGUAUUGUAUAUUUACGUUCACAAAAAGAUGUGAAACAUCAUUUAAUACCAUACACUUUCAUUGCUUGUAAGCCAAACAAUUCUUCACCUAUUAUAACCCAGAUUAAUUCUGUAUCAUGGUUAGCUGUUAAAAGCUUUUUAGUGAAUUGGCCUAAUUCAUCAACGAAGAGUCGACAUUUAACAGCUAUUGAUUUAUAUAAUGGUUAUUUCUUAAAAUAUAUUCAAUCACUAUCAUCGACACUCCCGAUAUCUGUAGUAAAUGAAGGGCGACAUUCUCAACAAUUAGGUGUACGUUAUUUUGGUGAGUUUCGGUCUAACUCUUCGUCUACAUCAUCUUUACUAAGUGGUAAUAAUAAUGAUGGUAAUACCUUGAUAAAACCUUGGAAUGAAUUAACACCGACUAUUCUACCUUCUGAUUUACAAUCAUCAUCUGAUAUGUCAAUCAUUGUAAAAAAUGUACAUAGUUGAUAGUUUAAAUAAAUGUUUUUAAUAGUAAAAA